CUCAUUUGUAAAAGGGACUGAUAAAGUUUCACUGUGGUAAAAUUUAGUUACUACCCCAGUCUGUUCCCAAAACUUAUCGGCAAGAGCUUCUGAAAAUGGGCUAUUCUCGAGGAAAAGGCGUGUUUUUAGGCCUCAUAGGAGGCUUUCUACUAAUUUUGUCUCUGAUUGUUUUAAUAGCUUUUCCAGCAAUCUAUAGAACCCAACUGGCGAAGCAAACCACCUUAGUAAAAAAUACCGUGCUUUACGAUAUGUGGAAAGAUUUACCUUUACCUAUCUACCAGAAGCUUUACUUUUAUAACAUUACUAAUCACGAUAAAUUUGUUAAAUAUGGCUGGCCACUAGAGGUAGAACAAGUUGGACCUUAUACCUACAAAAGCAAAUGGGUUAAAGAAGAUCUGGAAUGGCAGAACGGAACUGUAUCUUACAAGGAACGUAAAUCAUUCUAUUUUGAUCCAGAACAUUCAGAAGGAACUGAAAACGACACUAUUUACACUCUCAAUGGUCCACUAAUAUUUGCCAGCUCCUUUCUUCAGGACAAGGGAAAGUAUACUCAAGAAGCUGCAGAUUAUGCUUUUAGAGUUUUUUUCCAAGAGCAACUGGUGAUUAAAAAGGCUAUACAUGAGAUUGCUUUUGGAGGUUAUAAAGAUUCGAUAUUGUGGUGGGGGAAACUAUUUCAGAAAAUGCCUUUCGAAAAGGGAAUUUUUUCUUGGUUGUAUAAAAGGAACGAUACAGACGAUGGGGAAUUCACUGUUUAUACUGGUCAAUAUAAUCAUUCGAAACUGAAUUUCAUCAAGACCUGGAACGGAUCUUCUGAACUAUCAUACUGGGAGGAAGGCAGCAAGUGCAACAAGAUCGAAGGCACCAAUGCAGAAGUUGGACCACCAGUUAGAGAAAAUCAGACUACUUACACUUUUUUCCAACCGAUAUUUUGCCGGUCCAUGACAUUCGAUUAUGUAGGAAGUCGACAUCACAGGGGUAUCGAAUCCAAGAGAUUCAAAAACUCUGCAAAGGUGUUUGCAAAUGCAAAGGACAAUCCAGAUAAUUACUGCUUUGACGAAAGUUACAAACUAAACCAGACAUCAUCGCCUAUUCCUUCUGGCGUAUUCAAUAUAAGUUCUUGUCAAUUUAAUGCACCAGUGUUGCUCUCAUUCCCUCAUUUCUAUUUAGCUGAUGAUUCCUAUUUGGACAAGGUUAAUGGACUCAAUCCUAAUGCCUCUUUGCACGAGUCUUACAUAGAUGUUGAGCCGGUAACAGGAGCUUCAGUUUCUCUAGCCAUGAGAUUUCAAGUAAACGCUUAUAUAAACCAAAACCAGUACCUCAGUCAAUUUCAUAAUGUUACUUCAGGAGUUUAUCCCAUAUUUUGGAUGGAAAUGCUAGCUGAAAUUGAUGAUGAUAUGGCGAAAUCUAUGCAUUUUCAACUAAAGGAGUUGAAGCAACUUGCUUAUUCAAUUCUUGGUGCAUUGAUAGUGAUAGCCAGCUUCGUGUUCGUAUUUGGACUGUAUAUAAUACACUGCCAAAAUGAGGUCGAUGCUGAAGAGACGAAGUCACUUUUAGAAAAGGGCAGACAGAAUUCUUAUUCAUCAACUUAUUGUCGUGACAAUUUUAAUUCAUCGGACGGCACUUUUGAAAUUCCAAGAGGAGCAACAACAAAUAGUACAUCAAUCAUCAGUUCAGGCGAAAAACGUGUUAAAGAUCUCUAUCAAGUCUUACCAGACAAUGCUAGAGAAAUAUUAAAAAUGAGUCCCGAGAAACCUGACACAACGAGUACUGCUGAUCCGAAAAAGACGGAAACAAUUCACACUUAUCUCGACAGAGCUGUCGUUCCUAAAAAAAUGGCUAAAAAGUGCAUGUCACCUAAAGCUGCUAAAUGGAUGAUAGGAAUUGCUUCUGUCUUCUUUGUUCUCUCGAUUGCAAUCUUGAGUAUUUUUCCUACAAUUUACAAGCAGAUGCUGGCAAAAACUGUAGCACUAUCUGAUGGUUCUUUAGGAGCAAAGACAUGGGAAGACAUUCCACUUCCUAUUAAUGAGAAUAUUUAUUUCUUCAAUAUCACAAAUGGCGACGCUUUCUUAAACAAAGACGAACCUUUAAACGUCACUGAAGUUGGCCCCUACGUUUAUAAGGGUAAAUGGAUUAAGCACAAUCCUAAAUGGCAUCCUAAUGGCACCGUUUCCUUCCGGGAAACUAGGGUAUGGCACUUCCAGCCAGAAAUGUCUGCAGGAAGUCUAGAUGAUGUCAUCACUACUUUGAAUGGCCCCAUGAUCAUUGGUGCCCAUAUGCUGAAGGACUGGAACAUUUUCUGGAGAAUAUUCUAUUCCAUUGCUAUGAAAUUCGAAUCGGAAAGCGUGAUAAUUCAAAGAAAGGUACGAGAACUUACAUAUGAAGGCUAUGAAGAUCCCAUCAUCAAGUAUGCUCCAGUGCUGAAGCCCAACAUCCCAUUUAAAGAUGGGAUAUUUAUGUGGCUUUAUGAUAAAAAUGAUACCGAUGAUGGCGAAUUUACAGUCUUCACUGGUGUGGAUGACGCAUCGCGUACGAAUGUCAUCACAUCCUGGAAUGGGAAUGAAAAAUUAAACUUUUGGAAAGGGGGCAGCUGCAAUGAUAUCAAUGGUACCAACGUUGAGAUGGGUCCACCUUUGCCUGAUACACCAGAGUCUUAUACGUUUUUCCAAUCCAUCUUCUGCAGAUCAAUCACUUACGAUUAUAUUGGUGACACCAGCUCAUGGGGAGUGCCUUUGAAAAGAUUCGAACCAACUGCAAUGGUGUUUGGCAAUAGUACAGAAAAUCCUGAUAACGCUUGCUACGAAGUCAACGGAGAGCGUGCAUCUGGUGUCUUAGAUGUUGGUCCAUGCCAGUUUGAUGCACCAGCCUUACUUUCAUAUCCCCAUUUUCACAUGGCUGAUCCCUCUUACGUGAAAGCUAUUAACGGUUUGAGCCCGAAAUUAGACGCUCAUGGCUCUUAUCUGGAAGUCGAACCAAUUUCUGGUUUUACCAUGAAUAUUUCAAUUAAAUUUCAAAUGAAUAUCCAGAUGGAACGAGUGCGAGGUGUGCUGCAGUUCGACAAUGUGCCUGAAGGAAUAUUUCCUGUCUUUUGGGUUGAUAUUAAUAUUCAUUUAAGCGAAGAUUGGGCAGACUUUUUUAAAGGUCAGUUAAACAACCCCAAGUAUAUCGUUUACAGCGUUUGUGGCUUUUUGCUUUUAGCAUCAUUGGUUCUAAUAAUCUGUGGUGCCGUUAUUAUUACUCGCUCUCAGAAGGACGAUGAAGAUCCUCUUUUGAAUAUCCAGGAAGAAAAAAAGGAAGAACUGGAAAAAAGGAAGAAUACCAGUGAAAUAUCCUCAAGUUAUGGUGGUAUGGCAGGUGAUCAGGGGGAACAGUAUGAUGGGGACUCUUUAAAGCAAACAGAUUCACAUGCAGCAAGGUGAUUGCUUUAUCGAUGAAGAUAGAAUUUUAGUAUCAGGGCUUUCAUAUUUGAACGAAUCCAGAAGCUGAGAAGACUCCGUGAUAUUCAUUCAUUUAACUUAACUCUACAUUGUAUUUCGAUUUAAGAAAUAUUAUGUAUUAACUAACUUAUUUACAAGAUCUGGAUAUAAAAUAUACGUGUAUAUUGUUUAGUAUGUAAAUGUAAAAAUACAUUAUUUAUAUUUGUGGAUUAUUCUCAUUAUUUCCUGAUAUAAAUUCUGUAUAAUUAAAUUCCAUUAAUGAUAA